AUGGCUGCGACCGCAAAGCCGACCAAGAAUCAGCAGAAGCGCGCAAAGAAGAAGGCGCAGAAGGAAGCGCAGGUGAGUUACAGAGCAGUCCGGUCCAAUAGGAUGUUGACAACCUUGCAGAAGAAGUUAUCAGAUACCCCAGACGCUCCAGCGCGAGAAAAUGAAGCAAUUUCGAACGGCGAUGCUCCCAAACCGGCCCAGCUUCAAGAUGGCACGGCCCUUAGCGACCCGCUCAUCGUCGACGAUGAAAACCCAUUGUUCGACAUGUACAAGGACAUCAUGGGAAAAUUCGAGGAAGCUGACAAGGAAGAGCCAUCCUUGAAACAACCAGAAAAGCCCGAGGUAUAUUAUUCGGACGACGACGAUAUUCCCGAAGAAGACGAAUCGGCUCCCAAAUUAUCUAAAAAGAAGAGAAAACAGAUGACCAAACUGUCCGUCGCCGAGCUCAAAGCUGCUGUGAAGCGACCCGAAGUCGUCGAGUAUUUUGACACAGAUGCUCAUGAUCCAAAACUCCUGGUACACAUCAAAUCUUACAAGAAUGUGGUACCUGUACCAAAUCACUGGUCUCUCAAGCGCGAGUAUCUGUCAUCGAAGCGAGGAAUCGAAAAGCCGCCGUUCUCCCUACCCAAGUUCAUUCAAGAGACCGGUAUCGCAGAGAUGCGUGAUGCUGUUCUUGAGAAACAGAACGAAGCCUCACUCAAGCAACAACAGAGAGCCCGCGUACAGCCGAAGAUGGGUAAGCUUGAUAUCGAUUAUCAGAAGCUCUACGAGGCCUUCUUCCGUUUUCAGACCAAACCCGAAUUGACGAGAUAUGGCGAGGUCUAUUACGAAGGAAAGGAAUUUGAGACCAACCUCAAGCAUUUGCGACCAGGCGAGCUUUCCGACGAGCUCAAGGAUGCCCUCAAUAUGCCCGCUGGCGCCCCGCCUCCAUGGCUAAUCAACAUGCAGAGAUAUGGCCCACCACCUUCUUAUCCCUCGCUCAAGGUUCCUGGAGUCAAUGCUCCACCUCCACCGGGCGCCAGCUGGGGAUUUGGGCCAGGUCAAUGGGGCAAGCCGCCUGUUGACGAAGCUACGAACCGGCCGCUUUACGGUGGAGAUAUUUUUGGCGUGUUACAGCAGCAGCAAAACACUCAGCAAGGCGAACCAAUUGAGAAAGAUCUGUGGGGCGAGCUGCAGGCUCCUGAAGAGGACGAGGACGAGGAUGAAGAUGAAGAAGAGGACGAGGAUGAGGACGAAGAUGAAGGUGGUGCGCAGACGUCGGCAGGACUGGAAACGCCGAGUGGCAUGACUUCAGCUGUACCUACCGAAAUUGGAGGCACCGAAACGGUAUCCGAAUUUGAUCUCCGGAAACGAAGAGGCACAGAAACCGAAGAGAGCUCAUAUCCUCGGUCGGCAUACCAAGUGAUCCCUGAGCGGCAAACAAGAGUAGAGGGAUUCUUCGGUGGUGAUAGAGCAUACGAUCUCAAAGGCACGCAGAAUAAUGUUCCAGUUCUCGGACAGGAAGACGGCAGGAAGAGGAAGCGGCAAGGAGAUGUUGAUGUGGCGCUGGAUCCGGAGAGUAUGAGUAAGGAGGACCUGCAAAGAGCCUAUGAGCAGCAAAGAAGGGCGGAGCAGAUUGAGCAGAAUCCGGGAUGGGAAUUUCAAGACGAUCUGAGCGAUAUGAUUGCCGCCGAAAGCAGGAAGAGGCAGAAGCAGGACCAAGAGCGACGAUCGAAGAGAUGA